GGGUACUUGGGCCUCGGCCGGAGGAACGAGACAGUUCACGAAGAGUCACGAAACGAGCCACAAAACGACGACUGAUGGCAGGCCGGCUAGUUAGUUUGCUCUUCUUCGUUCUUCUGAUAUAUCUGGCACGAUUGCUGCAACGUAAUCGCGAGGCGCUGAAGGCCGCGUCGUAAAUUGGCCGCGGAUCCGAAGAGGAAGUUCUUCGCUCUUGGACAUCUGUAAUCUUGGAUAGUCAAAGCGACCAAGAUGAUGAAGAUGAAGCAACAACAGGGCCUGGUGGCCGAUCUCAUGCCCAACAUAAGGGUCAUGAAGAUCUUCGGGCACUUCGUGUUCAACUAUUACGACGACAGUUCGUCCAAAUACCUGCAUAAAAUUUUCUGCUGCGUAAAUCUAUUUCUGCUGCUGUUGCAAUUCGGCCUGUGCGCGGUGAAUCUGAUCAUCGAGAGCGCCGACGUCGACGAUCUCACGGCCAACACGAUCACCCUCCUCUUCUUCACGCACAGCAUCGUCAAGAUCGUUUAUUUCGCCAUCAGGAGCAAGUACUUCUACAGAACGUGGGCGAUAUGGAACAAUCCGAAUUCCCAUCCGCUCUUCGCCGAGAGCAAUGCGAGAUACCACGCGAUCGCCCUGAAGAAGAUGAGGCUGCUGCUCUUCUUGGUCGGCGCCACCACCGUGCUCACCGUGGUAGCUUGGACCAUUCUCACUUUCUUCGAGCACCCGAUUAGAAAACUCGUCGACCCGGUUACGAACGAGACGACAAUUAUUGAGUUGCCGCAAUUGCUGGUCCGUUCGUUCUAUCCGUUCAACGCCGGCAAGGGAAUAACGCAUAUAUUGAUACUCGUAUACCAAAUGUAUUGGGUGCUCUUCAUGCUCAUUAACGCCAAUUCGCUGGACGUCCUCUUCUGCUCGUGGCUAUUGUUCGCCUGCGAACAAUUACAGCAUCUGAAACAAAUCAUGAAACCCCUGAUGGAGUUGAGCGCAACUUUGGACACGGUGGUUCCGAAUAGCAGUGAGCUCUUCAAGGCUGGUAGCGGGGAUCAUCUUCGAGAAUCGGAGAACAAUCAGCCGCCGCCACCAGCACAGGCCGCCCAGGGCGACAAUAUGCUGGACCUCGAUCUUCGUAACAUAUACAGCAAUCGGCAGGACUUCACGGCGACCUUCCGGCCAACCGCUGGGAUGACCUUCAACGGUGGCGUGGGACCGAACGGAUUAACGAAAAAGCAAGAGAUGCUCGUCAGGAGCGCCAUCAAGUACUGGGUGGAGAGACACAAGCAUAUUGUCAGACUGGUCACCGCGGUCGGAGAUGCGUACGGUUUCGCUCUUUUGCUCCACAUGUUGACAACCACCAUCACUUUAACGCUGCUCGCGUACCAAGCGACGAAGGUGAACGGUAUAAAUGUGUACGCGUUCUCCACGAUCGGCUACGUGCUCUACACGUUCGGCCAAGUCUUUUUGUUCUGCAUAUUUGGAAAUCGUCUGAUCGAAGAGAGCACCUCGGUGAUGGAGGCGGCGUAUUCUUGCCACUGGUACGAUGGAUCGGAGGAAGCUAAGACGUUUGUGCAGAUCGUGUGUCAACAGUGUCAGAAAGCUAUGUCAAUAUCGGGGGCGAAAUUCUUCACCGUGUCCUUGGAUCUCUUCGCUUCGGUACUGGGAGCCGUGGUGACUUACUUCAUGGUGUUGGUGCAACUGAAGUGAACGCUCGGCUCCAUGCAUUCCAGAUGCGAAUGCAGUCUCUCGUGUUGCACACGGCUGUGCAAGAUUAUAUUUUUUAACGUGUUUACAAGGGACCAAAUGGAACGUUGGUAUCGUGAAGAUUCUCGCGGGGAGAAUCCGGCGUCCUUACGGGCGCAUAGCAAAAUAUUGAGAGUGGAUAUGAGAUUGGAAAAUCAUGAGAAGCUACAUCGGAAUUGAGUUUUUAUGCGAUAAAAAUGAUAAUAGGAAUGAUGAUACAAAUUAUUUUUACUGUUACUUUAGAGAUCGAUCAGCGAUAAGACACAAAUAUAUCCUCUUUUUUUUCAUUAUUAUCCAGAUUAACGAACGAUGAGAGAGCACUUUCUUUCGUUAAAAUGUAAAUUUUAAUGCGUAGCUCGCUGCAUAAUUUUUCUCUCCACGUUUUAUUGUGCAUAUUAGUGACAAGCAAGGGAUACGGCAACGUGAGCACUCGUCGCGAUUCAUUUGCAUGCACAUUAAUUAUAUAAGUCGUAAUGCUUAACGGGGAAGAUAUACGCUAAUGUUAUUUGAGCUGUAGUGCGGGGCGGCUUGUACCAAUUGUCGUACGAUCAAUAAUGGAACGUAUAUUAACGAGCAGAUGCGGGAGAGCUUAUUUUGCCUUUGGAGUCGUCCAGUAAAAUCGUACUAUUACGUUCUCGAACAUCUUAUAUUUUAAAAAUUGCGUAUAGCGGAGGGUUAAACGACGCGUGUACAUUGACGCGUCCUAACGAAGUGUGUAAAUAUAAGAUAUAAUUGUAUAAGGUGAUAUUACAUUUUUAAAAUAGAACAGUAACGCCAAGUCGUAAUGUUAAAUUUGGUGUAAUUUUAGUGGCACGCUUUGUCUUUGCACGCGAGAAGCAACAAUUUACAGCGUUACCACAAAUGUACGCUAACUUUUUUUAUUAAUUAUGUUUCCUACGUCCUAUCGAGAAUUAGAUUGCGCGAGAAUAUUGCUAUUUAGAUCCCAUUUUAAUUUUAUUUCACGAAUCUUGCCAUUUUUAAGUGAAUUUUCUUCUCUUCCCCCUCUCUUCUUUCUUUCUCUCUCUUCUGUCACUUAUUAAUGAUAAAAUUUACGAUCUCAUUCCCUUCAGCGUGGGAAAAUGCAUUUUGACACAUAAUACAAAUUAAUUUCCCUAUUUAUUGUCACUUAAACUCUGCAGCAAGGACAAACAGCCUUUGUCUUUUCUUUAGAGCGCAUUUAUCGGAGGUUACAAUUUGUCAGUCAAUAAGUAGCGAUAACAGAAUGAAUCUGCCGCGAGAAUAAAUAAAAAAAAUUCGUCGCCGCGUUGAAAAGUAUUAGCCCUUUGCUUCUUGAUGAAAAAAGCGGCGAUACAAUUGAUGUGGUACGUCAAUUAAUAUACGGUACAAUUUAUCAAACGGUACAUGAAUCUAAUAAAUAGAGAGAGUAAGAUAUAUAUAUAUAUGUAUACAUAUAUAUUUUUUUUCAUUAUACGUAACCACGUGAGCGUGGACAGACGUGUACCUAAUGUACCUCGUUUUAUAUAUUUCGUAACAUCUCUCGGUGUCUUUAGUAAGAUAAUAUUUCGUCACCUAAAAGAUGUACAAGAGAAGAUAUUUGCACCGUGCAUGGCCGCUCAUUCUGACCGUUACAAUAUAAAUAUGUAUCUUUCAUCGACGCGGAUAUCGUUUUACGAGACGACGCGAGAUAUUUUUAGUUUCUUUCGUUGGAAAGUGAAAAGUGUUGUCGAGGGAAGGAGCGUAAAAUAUAUUAUAGGACGGAAAAGCGAACGUUUAAGCGGAUAGGAGCGUGUCUGGGCGAUAUCCGGGCUCGAUCUACUUUUACAUUAGUGUAUAAUUAACGUAUGUGUACAUUACUAUGAUCAAGUAUUAAUCGAUGAGAUCACAGUAUUAUCAAAUAGUUUUUCUCUAUGUAAAGCUGUACUAUAUUUAUUUAAUAAAAUCUUGAUAUAAACGUUCAUAUAAA